UCUUAAUCCCACUGUUUCUUGAUCCACAGGGAGUUAAGAUUUAAAUAAUACCCUGGUGGGAUCAAACGGAUCAAAGAAAAAACGAUCUCAGCCAAUCAGAUUGCUGCAUUUAGAUUAAUUCAUUCCUGAUUUGUAUAAAAGCCUGAUCAUUUUUUGUAAUAUUCAGACUUUAAGUCAGUUAUCAAACAGUGAAUAUACACAGUUAUAAACGCAACAUGAAGACAAACACCACCAGUACACCAGUUGCAGCCAAGACGAGGAGAGACAUCCCAUUGUCGAUGAACAACCUUCUCAACCUGAGCACAGAAGUGAGCGCAGUGUCCGAACAGCAAACAGCUCCACACAACUCAUUGAAGUCAGCCAGCUAUCUGACAUUUUCACCAGCUACAGUGAACAAGAUCCAUCGAGAUGCAUCAUCAAGCCAGUUAAGUUUCUCCACAUCAGAUAGGAUGAACCAGAAGUCUGGACUCGAUUUUCUGUCAAGCACAUCAGUGGAAGAAUUCACCAUUACAGAUGCGAGCCAGUCUACAGUGGGACCAAGGCCAGCAGAGAAUACAACUGAUGCUUUGUCACUACGGGGCUCUAUGCUGGAGAUGCAGUUCAGCAUGCUCAAGUAUCGCCUAUCUGACAAUGUGAAACUGCUAGAACUAGAAGUCUUCUAUCGCAAGCAAGUGCACGAGAUUGAAUGUGGUCGCUAUCGUCUUCUCCUCGCCAACCCAAAGCCUCACCACCAGACAGCCAUCAAUCGUCAGCAUGAUGUUCAGAAACUAGCUCUCUUUGACAGUGUUGAACGCAACCUGAGCCAACUCUCUGCUGCCCCUAAGGACAUCAUCGGUGCCAAGCUGGCCAAGUUUGAGCCCCGAGGUGCCAGCCACUCUGCUCUACCCAGGGAGCCUCUCAUGACGUCAACACCUGCGAAAUCAAGCAAGUCUUCCACUAACACCUACAAGGUCCCUGCACCCGUGGUUCAACGCCAGAGAAUCUCCCGGACCAGCAAACUCGUACUUGACACCUGGUUUGGACAGAACAGCGACAAUCUCUACCCCACAGGCGAGAUGGUUGGUCAACUAGCUCAAUCUGCAGGGCUCUCCACCAAGCAAGUUCGCAAGUGGCUAUCCAGGAAGCGACUCCAGGGACGUGUCAACAAGAAGCUGAUGGCGCAUCUGCGUCAUGACAACCAUAGAGACUUUAGUGGUGAUCUUGUCAACUAUGAGUGGUUGUAAAUAAUAUAGACUCUAGUUAUAGUUGCCAAAGUUGGAUCUGAUGGAGAGUGAUUUCUCUUGCCAAAUGUAUUAUUGUUAUUCAUAUACUAUUUAACUGUUUGUACAUAAUGAAAAUUGUAAAUAAAUGUUGUACAGUAUUGUUAUUAAUUGAAAUAAAUUAUUGAAACUUAUGCAAUUACUUUCUCUUUAUUGUGCAUGGCUUACAUAGUUAUAUUACUGAUCUAUUCAGCCCCUUGAUAUAACCAACCCCUCCUCCUCCCUUAUACAGAAUGAUGUUUUUUUUAGUUUAUCUGCCAGUUAACUCAAGUCAAAUAGUAUUGCAGAUUUAAACAAAGUUUCAUUUAUUUAUAAAAAUAUAUUAAGUGGACUGAUUUAAUCUAACUGUAUUGAGUAUUAUAACUAUUACAUUACUUGUGAUAAAUCAAGAUAUUUCCUUUUACAUGAUAUCAUAUCUAGGGUCUGACUGAGGGCUUAUCAACAUAUAAGUCACAUUCUCU